AUGUCCAACCCAGAAAGCAACCCCCGCCGGGCUCCGUCUCGUGUUCAUGAUUCCACUUACUUAGCGAUUCCUGAGAUCGAGGAGCUUGUCAAGGCGUAUGAGGUCGAAGGCAAGGACAACAAAAGAAUCCUUCACACUAUCGCCAAGGUCGUUCCUAGCCCCGUUGAACCAUUCCCGAAAGAUUGGGAACAAACUAUACACAACUUGAGAACUGCCCCGAGGAACGAGGAUCGCUGCUGGGUUAUAUUGAUUCGUGGCCUCGAGGUCCGAUUGAUUGAGUAUUAUCGUGCUCAUGAGCCUGGAGUCCGUAUGAUCCCCUGUGACUUUAUGAUUGAGGGCCGGAGUUCCGAGACUGUCCACAUUCGCACUAAUGAUACCGAGGUCAACUCUAUCCUCACCCGUCUCCCUCUUCAAUGGCCAGAGCCACUCAGCGAGAUUGAGCUUACUUGUCUAGCUGUCCAGCUCAAGGCCACCAAAAUCAAAUCUAAUGAGACUGAGUCGUUUCUUUCCGACACCAGUCUGAAAUCAUCCAAGCCAACUCUCAGUGAUGGCCUCAAAGUCAAAAAUACCAUCGAGGUGAAGCCUACUGCCGAUAGUCAAGCUGUUCUUGAGAUUAAGGCUGCCAGCAAGGCUGAGACUUUCACCCACGAUGAAGCCUCCGCUGAGAUGCAGGAUCUUGCAAAGAAUUCUACGGAGGAACCCGGCAGCACUGGAUGGUCUAAUAAAAAGCCCAAUGUUGUCGCUCAGGACACCUUCGCCCUCCAGGACAAGGCCGCCGCUCCAAUCGUGAUUCGCGCCCAUUGCACAGGCACUUCUCAGUUGAAGCCUACUUCACAGACUAGGAUUGAUCCAAAGGAUCCCCUUGCCAAAGAGAAACUUAUGGCCCGGCUCAAGUCCAUUAAAGAAGAACAGACCAAGGACAAUUUCAAGAAAGCGGUUAAAGCCAAGAUUGAUGCUGAAGAGGCAGCCGCAGCCGCUAACAUGACCAAGUCUGCUGCCCAGGAUGAGGCUCCUGCCCAAUCCAGCGCUGCUACCACGACCAAAACUUCUCCGCAGCCAAAGGCUGCCCCCGGUAAUGUAUCCUCUCAACCGGACCGGUUUUCUCAGGCGAAAAAGCUCGCGCAGCUCAAGUCUAAAGCUGCCAUGCGGACAAAGGUCAUGACACAAGCGAAGCCCACUGCUCAAAAUGAGAACACUCCUUCGGGAGCGAUUCCUUUUAAGAGCAAGAGUGGCAAUGACGCGUAG